AUGAAGAUCGGAACACAUGAUGGAACAUUUCAUUGUGAUGAAGUAUUUGCUUGCUACAUGCUCAAGCUUCUACCUGAAUAUAAAGAUGCUGAAAUUGUCAGAACCAGAGAUAUGAACAAGCUGAAAGAGUGUGACAUAGUUGUAGAUGUUGGUUCAGUAUUUGACCAUGACAAGAAACUCUAUGAUCACCAUCAAAGAGAAUUCAAUGAAACUCUUAGCUCGUUACGGCCUGAGUUGGGUGAGAAGUAUAAAAUAAAAUUGAGCUCGGCAGGCCUUGUCUAUAUUUACUAUGGAGAACGUGUCAUUCAAGCAGCAGCUAAAGACCAACAAUUAACACCUCAUAAUCUAUCCAUCAUUUACAAAAAAGUUUAUGAAAACUUAGUAGAAGAGAUAGAUGCAAUAGACAAUGGCGUCCCCAUGACUGAUAGUGAGCCUAGAUACAAAAUAAGGACACAUCUAAGUAGUAGAGUGCACAGAAUAAAUCCAAGAUGGAAUUCUGAUCGGACCAUAGAUUACGAUGAUCUUUUUAAAAAAGCAAUGUUUUUAGUAGGCGAGGAGUUUUUAUAUACAAUUGAAUAUUUUAUAUCAGUCUGGUUGCCCGCAAGAAAUCAUGUACAAGCAGCUGUAGACAAUAGGUUUAAAAUCCAUGAAUCUGGUCAAAUUCUCAAAUUUGAAUGUGGAGGCUUGCCUUGGAAAGAACAUUUAUUCGACAUAGAAGAAGCCCUAGGAAUUGAAAGUGAAAUUAAAUAUGUUUUGUUUGAAGAUAAGUCAUGGAGAGUGCAGGCCGUGCCGGUCAGUCCUACCAGUUUUAUACUUAGGAAACCUCUGAACAAAGAUUGGUGGGGUGUCCGUGACGAGGAACUGAGCAGGGUGUCCGGCGUCGAGGGCGCCGUGUUCUGUCACAGCACCGGCUUCAUCGGCGGCAAUGCCUCGUACAGUGGCGCUCUAGACAUGGCGACAAAAAGCUUACUUGCC